AUGAUUUCUUCCCCCGCUUCUGCCGCUAACACUUUCUUAUUCCUUCAUCGAGUCCCGUCCUGCAGGUCCCGGAGAGUAGGGUCCCCCCUGACAUUUCCUCCUCACUUCUCGCCAUCCUUUCGUGGCUUGCCCUCCAGUCGCCUCAUCAAGCAACCAACAAGCUUCAACCAUCAAGCUUUACCUUGGGCACUCUCCUCUCUGUUCAUCUCCCUCUGCUGCUGCAGCGCCGCAACCUGCAUUCUCCCUCGCCUGCUAGGGAGCGUGCCUCGCUAG